AUGAUUGACGAGAAAAAGGAGUUGACAGAAAUUAGUGAAUGGAAUUCAAACAUUGAGGAAAAGUUAUCUGAAGCAGACAAGGACAUUCAUCACCUGAGAGAAUGGUGUGAAGGUAAGAAACGAGAAUGCGAGGAAAACCAGCGGAAGCAAGAAUUAGAUUUUGAACAUGAACUAUUUCAGACACGCCUAAAAUUCCAGAAUGAGCUACAGGCAGCCAAACUAAAGCAAGAAUCAGCAAGUGUUGAAAAGAAAGAGUCACAAGCAAAGUUACCUAAACUCAUCAUUACUAAAUUUAAUGGCGCCUACCAAGACUUGCCUCGAUUCUGGGAACAAUUCCGAGAGACGGUGGACAAAACAAGUAUUGAUGCUGUUGUUAAAUUCGCAUAUUUACAAGAGUUGUUGGAACCUAAAAUCAACAAAUCUGUGGAAUCACUACCUUUUACAAGUGAAGGUUAUAAUAGAGCAAAGAGUAUCCUUCAAGACAGAUAUGGGAAACAAUCCGAGAUAUAAUAAAGGCUUAUACCAAGCAGAUUUUCGAUUUGCCCCAAAUUCCGGAUGGUAAUGUGAAGCGAAUUCAUGAGUUCUCGGAUAAAUUAUCAUAUGCGGUGCAGUCUUUGGAAACACUUGGCAAACUUUCUCAAGUCAAUGGGUAUGUAUCGAUGACACUAGACAAACUACCUGGAAUACGUGGCGACCUUGUUCGAACAGAUGAUGCUUGGGAAUCCUGGGACUUUGUCUGAUGCGGUCUAUUGGGGUGUCCAAGGGGUGUGUCUAUUGUACUGAGAAAUCACACAAAUCAGCAGAGUGCCCAAAAGUAUCAUCUGUGUCUGAAAGACGGUCGAUUCUUACCAAACAACAUCCGUGUUAUAACUGCACUGGUUCAUCACACCGUGCGAAUGAUUGCCCAAGUCAGUCUAAAUGUCAAAAAUGUGGGCGGCAUCACCACACCUCAAUUUGUGAUAAUGAUUCCAAGAGUGGAGUGAAGGGGAAGAAAUUGCUAAUUUCAUGUGAGGUGAAUCCGGAAGGAAUCAUUCCUGUUGUUAGAAUGAAAGUGGAUGGCGUUGAAUGCAGAGCUCUGAUCGACUCCGGAGCAUCAGCAUCUAGAACUUUCGCGUGACAGGAGGUCUGCGAUAGUGGAGGAGCUAAGGAAGAAUUUGUAUGUUGAUGAUCUAUUAUCUGGCGGAAACACUGUUGCAGAAGCUGGUGUUAAGAAGUUAGCAAUGACCGAAGUACUGGCUGAUGGUGCUUUCAAGUUACAUAAAUGGAAUUCCAAUGAAAGGGAAUUAGAGGACGCUGAAAAAACUAGCAGUGAGUGUGAACAAACAUUAGCAAAAACACAGUUAGGUGUGGAACCGAAUGAAUCCAAAUUACUCGGUCUUAAAUGGGAAAAGGAUAAAGAUACCUUGAGUGUUGUGUUCCCAAGUGAUCCACCAGCGACUACUAAGCGUGGAAUGUUGAGUAAAUUAGCAAGAGUCUAUGAUCCUCUCGGAUUAGCUUCGCCAAUCACCGUAAGCGGGAAGAUGGUAUACGGAGACGUAUGCGAUACGAAGGCCUCGUGGGAUGCAGAACUCAGUGGUCAAAGUGCUCAGGAGUGGAGUAUGUGGGAGAAGAGAACACCCGAGUUAGUAACUGUACCACGGUCACUUGCAAAAUUCCAAGAAGAUAUUAAUUCAGUGACUCUCCAUGCCUUUGGAGAUGCUAGCACCAAGGGCGUAAGUGCAGCCGUGUAUUCAGUAGUGAACCAACCAUCAGGGACAACUCAAACCUUGGUGGCUGCGAAGUCUCGGUUGGCGAAACGCAAUCUCACGAUCCCACGAUUGGAGCUUACUGGUGCUCAUAUGGUUGUUAACCUUCUAGCAAAUGUCCGUCAAGCAUUGGACUGCUUCCUUGUUGUUGACCAACACUGCUGGCUCGACAGUACCGUUGUGCUAUAUUGGCUGCAGGGAAAUGGGCGAUACAAGCCUUUUGUUCAAAACCGUGUGAACAAAAUCCACCAGCAUCCCAACAUCUCAUGGCAUUACGUACCAACUAAAGACAAUCCUGCAGACCUUGGCAGUAGAAAAACAAAUCAACUAACCGAUCAGUGGAUAUCAGGUGCGCAGUGGUUAUCGAACCAAGAGGAAUGA